CACAGUAUUUUGCUUUGAAUUAUAAGAGUGGUCAUUUGUAUGUCACAGAGAGAAUAGACAGAGAGGUGCUCUGUGGACAAGUGGAAAAGUGUGUCUUGAAUUUUGAUACCAUAGUGGGGGAUUCAAUGAAAGUAUAUGGUGCUGAAGUGGAAAUCACAGAUAUUAAUGACAAUGCUCCCACCUUCCAUUCAGAGAAACUGGAGCUCAAAAUGAGUGAACUCACAGCACCCGGAUCUCACUUUCCCCUCGAUGAAGCUCAGGAUCUAGAUUUGGGUGCCAAUACCCUUCAGGGAUACAAACUCAGCAACAGUAGUCAUUUCUCCCUCAAUGUGCAAGAGGCAGUUGACGGUAGACAAUACACUGAAUUGGUACUGGAAAGGCCUUUGGACCGUGAAGAGGAAGCUAUCCAUAAUCUGGUCCUCACAGCAUAUGAUGGGGGAGAUCCAGUUAGGACAGGAACUGUACAGAUUCAAGUGACAGUUUUAGAUGCUAAUGACAAUGCUCCAGUUUUUAGCCAUCAUAGCUAUGAAGUAAGCGUUAGGGAAGAUAUUCCUGUUGGUACCACAGUGGUUAUAUUAAAAGCCAUUGACCUGGAUGAAGGUGUCAACAAGGAACUGAAAUAUUCAUUCAGAAAGAUCACAGAAAGGGAUUCACAAAUAUUCCAUUUGAAUUCACAUACUGGGGAAAUCACACUUGCAAGAGGCUUAGACUACGAGGAGUCUACACUUCAUGAAAUUGAGGUCCAGGUCCAUGAUGGUGGUGAACUCUUUGACAAAUCUAAACUUUUGAUAUUUGUUACUGAUGUAAAUGACAAUGCACCCAAACUGGAAAUAACUUCACUUAUCAGCUUCAUCCCUGAGAACUCUCCACCAGAAACUGCAAUAGCCCUUUUGAAUGUGCAAGAUGAGGAUUCGGCAGAGAAUGCAGAAGUCACGUGCUCUAUCCCCAGCAACCUCCCCUUUCUACUGACAAAAGCCUAUGGCAACUACUACAGUUUGGUGACAGCAAGAGCCCUGGACAGAGAGCAGAUGGCAGCCUACAACAUCACUGUCACAGUCACAGAUCACGGGACCCCUCCACUUUCCACAUCGAUUGUUAUUCCACUUGAGAUUUUAGACACAAACGACAACCCUCCACACUUCCUGCAAUCCAUUUAUACUUCUUAUUUAAUGGAGAACAACCCAAGAGGGGCCUCCAUAUUUUCCCUGAAGGCUGAUGAUCCAGACUGUGGCGAGAAUUCCAGAGUCACUUAUUCCAUCAUUGAGCACAACAUCAGUGACUCCCCAGUAUCUUCCUUCCUUUCCAUUAACUCUGAGACUGGGACUGUCUAUGGCCUAAUCUCUUUUGAUUAUGAGGAGAUGAGGGAGAUUAAUUUCCUGGUCAAGGCCCAGGAUGGAGGUUCUCCAGCACUCAGCUCCAACGUCUCAGUGACUCUCUUCAUCCUGGACCAGAAUGACAAUGCUCCCCAAAUCCUGUACCCCUCCCCUCCCACUGAUGGCUCCACGGGGAUAGAGCUGGCCCCUCGCUCCUCUGAGUCGGGUUAUCUGGUGACAAAGGUGGUGGCCGUGGAUGCGGACUCUGGCCAGAAUGCCUGGCUCUCCUACCAGCUGAUCAAGGCCACUGAGCCAGGGCUCUUCACUCUGGGGCUCCACACAGGAGAGAUCAGGACAGCCCGCUUCUUUCUGGAGAAAGAUGCCCUCAAGCAAAGCCUGGUGGUUUUAGUGAAGGACAAUGGGCAGCCACCUCUCUCUGCUUCAGCCACUCUGACUGUGGUGCUGGCUGACACCAUCCCUGCAAUCCUCUCAGACUUGAGCAGCAUCUCAGCUCCUGUAGAGCCUCCGUCUGACCUCACCUUCUACCUGGUCCUUGCAGUGGCUUUUGUCUCUUGCUUGUUCUUCACUUUCCUGCUUGUGUUAGGGGCCAUCAAGUUGCAUAGGUGGAGAAAUUCUCAACUGCUUGAGCCGGGGAGCUUGAAUUUCAGUGGGGCUCCCAUCUCACAGUUUGUGGGGAUCGAUGGAGUCCGAGCAUUUCUGCACUCCUACUGCCAGGAAGUUUCUCUCACCACAGACUCUAGGAAAAGUCAGUUUAAUAUUUCUAAGGCAAAUUAUUCCAAUACUCUUAGCAAUAAAGAUACAUGUGAAAUAAAGGAUCCCUUCCUCAUUGCUGAAGAUAUCAAUAGCAGUAAUGGAGAUUCGGCCAAUACACAGGUGAGCUAUCCCUUUCAAAUCUGGGCUCUGAGGUUUUAA